AUAAUCACAACGGAGGAAACAGCGACGCUGAAGUUCGCAGCUUUAUUUUCUUCUCUAUUUGCUUUUCUUUGGAAGUUUCGGAGAAAUGGUGCAGCAGUCGCCCAAAGCUAGAGUGAAGGAGUCUCCUUUGCUGAAGGCUGGUCACCCUCCUGCUGUGAAGGCUGGAGGUAAACGUGUGGCCAAGAAGACCUUGGAAGACACUGCCACCCAUGGGACUCCAGAGAAGGAGACAAAGAGGUCUGAUAAGUUAGGCAGCAGAUCCCUUGGCACUUUCAACAGGAUGCAGCAAGCUGGCCUACUUCUGUCAGGAACUCUUGACAAGCUGAGCCAUGACUUUCCAGAGACGCCAGUGAGCGUGAGGCACAGCAAGCUUCGCCCUGCUGUGGAGAAGCCCCACCUCACCCGGACCUUCUUCAUUCAGCAGCCGAGGAAGUAUUGAACGGCCCAGAGACAAACCAUGUGAAGUUAACUGUGAAAGACAAACAUGAAGAGUUAACAUUCAAGGGUUUGUGAUGUGAUGUGAAGUGCUACAGAACAGAACGCUUUCAUCAAGCCUGGUAUUUACUGGUAUUAAAAAAAAUAAAAGCUUUUUCAGGCUGUGCUUGUAGGAAUGCUAUAAAUAAAUGCUGUAAAUACUCCAGCUGAUGGCAGAUGGGUGGCAUUUUGGGAUCAGUAUGUUGAAAGGGUGUCUAGGAACUGUAAGUGAGGCUUUUGGGACUGUUUCUUUUUCCUGUAAAAUCUAUCAAUGAGCACUUAAAAUUUAUAUCUCAGAAUUGCAUGACAUCACUCUUUCAGACUUGUACAUGUUUUCCAGUGAGCAGUAAUGGUCCCUAGGUGGCAGCAAAUAUCCAUUAAUAAAGGGCGCAACGGAACAAAGAAAGGAUCUUGGUUUACCUUUUUUGUAAAGCAAAGUUGUCGAACUAUAACAAUAAAAACCUUAUAUUUCCUCA